GAAGGAAGAAACAGAAGCUUGCCAAAGAGAGAGCAGGGCUUUCCAAGUUGCCUGAUCUGAAAGAUGCUGAAGCGUUUUUCCUUGAGGAUAUUCAGCUUGGGGAGGAACUACUAGCUCAAGGUGAAUAUGAAAAAGGUGUUGAUCACUUGACCAAUGCCAUUGCUGUGUGUGGGCAGCCGCAGCAGCUACUACAAGUUCUACAGCAGACACUUCCACCACCAGUGUUCCAAAUGCUUCUAACUAAGCUCCCUACAAUAAGCCAGAGAAUUGUAAGUGCACAGUGCUUGGCUGAAGAUGAUGUUGAAUGAGGUCACACCACAACGGGGGGAAAAAAAGUUUUCUUACCCCAGAAGAUGAGCAUCAGUAGGGGGAUAAAGGGGCAAACAUAGUAGUUAAUGGACUGUGUACCACAUCGGGUUCUACCAGAGUUAAAAUUAACUUUGUGUAGGUGGGUUUCGCAGGAUUUUAUUUAUUAUCCCAGUGAAAAGUGUAUUUUGAUAAGAAUUCAUUUUAUAAAUACACGGUGUCGAGUUAUCAAAGUAUCACUAACUUCAUUAUUAUUGAAAUAUGCAGUUGUAAUGUUGUACAUAUAAAGACAUAAAACUACGACCUAUUAAAAACCCAAUGCUCAUUUUUGAAAAAACAAAGUUAUGGCAAUAAAGAUUUAUCUGCACUUGUGUGUCCCUAUAGUACUACUUUAAAUUUCAGAAUAUUUGGGUGUCAGAGCAAAUGAUCUAAAAAUGACUUAACAUUAAAAUAUAUUUUAAUGUUA